AUGACUGAAACUGUCUCACCGGAUAUGAAGUGCGUUUACGUAGAUACCAACCUAGACACUCGUCUCAUGGUUCUUGUUGACGACCAUGAAACCAUCUUCGAUUUCAAAGAGAAACUAUGCAAGGAACAUCAUCAAUGUUUUCCAAAACUUGGAGAAAUCGAUAUUUUUGCGGUAAAGGUUAAGCGCCAGGGUAUAUUGGGUCUCCUUUUAGAUUUUCACUUGCCAGAUUCUAUGUUCUUGAGUAUGGUUUUCAAGGGCGUCAGUCAUAAUUGCUGGUUUGUGUUCGUUGAUGCUGCCGUGAGAAUAGUUGAACUCCCGAAGAUUGCAGCAACUGAUUCUCUACUUUUAGAUGGGUACAACAAGAAUCAGAAUCAAGAAGAUUUGGAAACUGGAGGAGCUGAGAAGAGGAAACUGGAGCAGCUUUCAUCAGAUGGAGAAAAGAGUCUGAAGAAACCAAAAGUUGAUGAUCUCAGUCAGUCUGCUGGGACUGCUACUGAACUCUCACCAAGAGAAAAACAAGAUGAUCCUCUUACGGAAGCAAAAGAAAAAGAAAUUGAGGUGGGUGAAAAAUCACUUGAAGAUGUAAUAAGAGAUAAUAUUGAAUCAUCAGAUAAUCUCGUGAGCCACAUGGAAAAUCAUUUGGACAUCACUACCAGUGGCUUGACAACGAGACCUGAUACCGAGAAGAAGAAAAAGAAGCGAAAGAAGAGAUCAAAAGAUGACAUAAAUCAAUCCUCUGCUACUACAUCAUCAAGAGAUGCCACCGUGAAUGAGAUAGAUGGAGGAGUUCCUGCAAAUGUUGAUGCUACUCUCUCUCUUCCAAGCUCUAAUCUUGAUCAUUCUUCUUCUGCAGAAGCAAGGCAGAAAGAAAAUGACAUGGGUGAGAAUGUUGUUGAAGAUGUGGGUAGAGAUAAAAUUGAAGCUGACAAUCUCAUGGAAAAUCCUUUGAACACUAACAGUGGGCUAACAGCCAGACCAGAUACAGAGAAGAAUCAAUCUCUAGCUGCUGCGGCUGCUCUUACAACCUCAAGAAGAGAUAUCGUCAAUGAGAUUAAUGGAGCAAAUGUAGAUUACGUUGAUGAUAGUUUUGAAUCUCUUCCAGUCCCUAGAGAAGAAAAUCCUUUUGUAGAAGCAGCAGCAACUCAGAAAGGUAAUUUCAAAAAUGAGAUAUUUGUUGAUGAUGUGGGAAGAGAUAACAUUGAACCAAACAGUGUGGGGUUGAUGGCAACCAGGCCAGAUAAGAGCUCAAAAGAUGACAUCAAUCAGUCUUUUCCUGCCGCUACAGGUUCAAAAGGUCUUGUGAAUGAGAUAAAUGGAGAUACUCUUGAAUCUCUUUCCAUCUCAACAAGAAGAGAAGAUCUAGGCACUCCUUAUGCAGAAGCAACUCAGAUAGGCAAUUUCAAAACUGAGACUGGUGAGAAGAUUAAUGAUGACAUUGUGGGAGGUGGAAAAGCUGCUGCUGUUGAUAAUAUCCAGCCAUUUAAUGUUGAAAUUGAUGCUGAUGAAGCUGAAUCUGUGAAUCCUACUAAGAAGAGAAAGUCCAAAAACUCCAAGACCCCAGCUGAAGAACAUACUCUGGUCGCUGCACACAAUACUGAGCCUAUCAAAGCUGCAGAUGGAGAAGAGCCUGAUAAGGUAUUGGGUUCUUUCAAGGAAAAGAAUGAAACAACUGAGGAAAAUAUGGGAAAAACUGGGAAGAAAUCGAAGAAGAAACACUCUUUGAAGGUAGCAAUGUCCCCAGAAGUGUCAGUUGAGGUAAACAGUACUCCUUUGGAGGAGACUUGUCACAUCAACAGCACAAAUGAUUCAUUUGUUACACCAGCUAAGAUAGAUACUGAGACCGAUGCUUCACUUUUGAAAAAGUGCUAUGAGGAGAAUGAGGGUGAUAUGGGAGAUAAUUUUGGUUGCAGCCAAAAUCAAGAGAAGCCAGAUCAAGUGGGUGGUGGUGGUGGAGUUAAAUCUUUAAAGGAGAAGAGUGGGCUUGAUCUUCAGCCAAGCGCUUCCACUAAUGUUUCCUUGAGCUCAUUUAAAACGAAAGAGAGAAAAAGUGGAGUUCAACAAUCUGCUCGUUUAGGUACUUAUCGUGUGCAGCAGUCAAGGCUUAAGAGUGUAUCCGUGAGAGCUGCCGCUGUGAAGAGCAAGAAACAAGAUUUGAAAAAGACAAGCUCAAACCCUGUAGUAGUGAUGAAGACGAACUUCUUCAAGGAUGCAGAGAAUUGUAAUUCAUCAGAGGAUGAAUAUAAAAAGACGUCUCAUGUCUCCACGAAAACACAAGGUAACCAAAUUUAUAAUGCUCCUUUUCUACCAGAUAUGCUGAUUUUACGAUCGUUGAUUUUGGACAGGAAACAAUCUGGCUGGAGGAGCAAGGUUAAAGAGAGCCUACAAGAUAGAAUUAGAAGAUCAAGCAGUUACAAGAAGGCUUUAAUUUUAGCUCAGUCACAACCUGAUAUACAUGAUGACUCUCCCGAAGAUAGUCCCUGA